GUCGGGGACACCACCAGUUAAUGGAUUCUGGGUAAAAGAGCGUGCGUCGUGGUUUUAUAUCAUUAUAUAUUUUUAAGAAUUACGUGUAAAAUGACGGAUUGUAAUUGAAAAUAACCACCUUAUACAACAAUUGAAUUAAGAGAACAACAGUUUUUUGUGCUAAAAUACAUUAAUUAGAUAGUGUUAAUAACAUUUUUCGUUGUCGGAAACCCAGUGAUAUUUCAUUAUAUACCUAAUACCACAAGAAAAAAAAACAGUUGAGGCAAUCUAUAUCACAUUUAAUUUAACCAUAUUUUUCGGCAGGUGUCUUUUUUGCAAAGAAAAGGCAAAUAAAGGUCAUAAUUUACUUCAUUUUAAAUAGAAAUUAAUAGGGAGAAAAAAAAAUUUACAUUUUACAAUAAAAUCACAACGUGCAAGAUGAUUGAACUAACUGUAAAGACGUUAGAUUCUCAGGAUCACUCAUUUUCAUUAGAUGACGACAUAACAGUUCGCGGAUUUAAGGAGUAUAUAGCUGAGUCAGUUGCAGUGCCUGCAGAUUCACAGAGAUUAAUUUACUGUGGAAGAGUUUUGCAAGAUGACAAAAAACUCAAUGAUUACAAUGUUAAUGGAAAAGUGAUACAUUUGGUACAACGUGCACCACCACAGCCUGGAAGAAGGGAAAAUGAAGGAGAACAAAGACAAAAUACUACCCAAAAUUCAAAUCAUUUUCACAGAACACAUUAUCGAGUAAUAAGAGAUAUUAAUCUACAGAAUGCUCACGAUGGACCUAAUGCUCAAGUACAUGGCAAUACAAUGUACUUAGGUGCAAUGACUUUGCCAACAGAAGUUGUUGAAGGACAUGGUCUUCCUUUGCCUCAGUUGAGCAAUACAUUAUCAAAUAGUCGUAUGGUUAUGGCUGAGAAUAUGUUAACAAACGCUAAUCGAAUUUUGGAUCGACUAAAUAAUCCCGUGAAUCCAACACCUGACACAUCGAAUGAAAGACAAAGUACAUCUUCAACAACAACAACAACAGAGAAUUCUGAUGUUAACAUGGAUACAUCUCCUUCUGAAUCAAGUCGAUCGGCACCAACAUCGUCAGGUGUGAAUCGUGGGGGUUUAGCUCUCAUCACUUACAUUACAAAUAUGCUCGACAGUAUGGUUCAGGAUAUGCUUCAAACAGUCGGUUGUUUGGUAGAGAUCACGUCAGAUGAUUAUCCGGAGGAUGAAACUCCUGGUGUCAAUAACACUUCAUCAGGGACUGCAUCUCAACAGGAGGAUCCUUUAAAUAUAAUAUUUCCUAAUAAUGCACCACCAAGUCUUUCUGAUAGACUUAGAGCACCUCCUACGGAACCACGUCCACCACAAAUGGCAGACUUAUUACAAAUGUUAAUGAACACCCAAGAUCGUCUUAGACCAUUCCUAGAACGUUAUCGCUAUCUUAUGACGACAGAUCCUGUACUUUCUGCUACUGGUACCGGUUCAGAUAGUGUUUCAGCAAAUCAGCGUAUUGUAAAUGAAGUAAGCAGAAUUUUGCAUUACAUUGCACACGCAAAUCAUGCAUUGAGUGAUAUAAUCGUUGAUAUGGGACAAGCUCCUCCACGAAAUUUGAGUUGUCGACCGAUUGUUAUUCAACAGUCGGCAAUUUUACAAGCUGGAAUUCCAAUUCAAGUGGAAGCUCACAUUAGCGUCAAUGAAGGUAAUGGUGGUCGUAAUAGAACUGAAACAAAUGGUAGCACACAAACACCGAAUGAAGGUUCAGAUAAUGCAGAAUCGAGAGAAACUCCAGCACAGGAGAGAACUCAACAACAUUCAUCAAGUAGUAGUCAUCAGCGCUUUGAUCAUCAACAAAAUUCUGAUCAACAACCACGUACAGAUCAACAACAGCAGCAGCAACAACAACAACAACAACAGCGAAAUCAGACGCCACUUGGCAAUUUAUUCAGCAGCGUUUUCAAUUUGCCAAGUAACGUUGAAGUUUUGAUGGAAGUUAGUCCUGAUAGUUCAAUGGAUCUUAAUUCUGCAGAUGAUCAGGGAUCAAAUAAUACACCUAAUAGUAAUGAGAAUAGAUCGAAUCCAAUGGGAAGGGGAGCAAGUUGGAUGUUUCCCUCAGGUGCACCACCAACAGAUCUUUUGCGAAAUUUAAUGCACGCUGUUGCUGGUCAUAUUGUUCAAGAUCCAUCUGGCAUGACAUCGAAUCAAUCUUCAAAUCCUUUGAAUAUGUCACAUAGUCAACAUACAAUUGGUGUGACAAUUGAUGGUAAUGGACAAAAUUCUGGCCAAAGUACACAAGCAAGGAAUAAUGUAGGCACACAUCCAACAACAUCAACACAAACACGAAGUACAUCCCGUCCUCAUGUCUUUCAUUCCCAUGGCAUUGGAUUAGGUCCCGUUUCUGAUCCAUUUUUGCCAUGUAAUUCACAUCAUCUUCGAAGAUGGUCUACUUCUGGUGUUACUUUAAAUCAAAAUCAACAAAAUGCUAAACAUGUUAAUGGAGACAGAUACUUGCAAAUACUUCGUCGUAAUUUACCAAGUUCACACUUCACAUCAAAUCGCGAUGCAUUUGCUUUCACCUUGAGAAAUAUUGUUAACAUUGUUUCUAAUGGAGAAAUUGAAGUUAGAUUUUCAAAUGAUAUUCCAGCAUCAGUUACGUCGGGUAUAACUUUAGCAAAUUUAAUGGAAAUCCCACUUACAGUGGAAGCUAAGGAUAAUCUUAUUUUUGAUCUUACUUUACUUAUGGCACGAAACGUGCUAAUGGAAGAUUUGUUCUGCCUUCGAUGCGAAUUCUAUAACAUCUUUUCUAGUCUUCGAAAGCCAUUACGUGAAUUUAUAAAAGAAAAAAUAAAUCAAUCAGGUCGCACAGAGCAAUUUGUCGUUGAUCUUCUUCUUGAUUGUUUAAGACCGUCUUUAAGAAAAAUUCUUCUAGCCGAAAAAGAGAUAAAUAACAGAAGAGCUGCAUCUUUUGAUAUUAUUAAUUCAGUUGAAAAUGUUUUACGUCGAAACUUUACCGAAGUUGUUCAACUAUUUUGCAAUGAAGAACUAAAUGAUGCAGCAUUUGUAAAGAAAGCGAAAUUAGUUUUUGUGGAUUUGAUAACACAAUUUUGUGGUGUUUUACUUUAUUUGUUUAAUGGAAAUCAGUUGAAACUUGCAACAAUCGUGAAAAAAUUAAUGACUGAUUUAGCAGGAGACAUGUAUCCAUCAAUUUCUAAAUGGGUGCUCACUAAACUUGCAAUUAAAUUUAAUCGCAGUAUUCUUGAUAUGUCAAUGUCAAGACUUCCACAUGAAAAAAUUGUUCCUUUCCUUGUAAAGAGAACUCCCGAUCAAAGUGCUGCCGAGUCGUGUCCUACUGAUACGCCAAGUAUGUCAAAACCCAUUGAAUCCUUGGAAUCGGAAGAUACUAAUUUUCCAGGACACGAAAUUCUCCCAGCGGAUUGGGUGCCAACAAUUGCGCUAGAUGGUGCAAGUCAACGUCGCUCAGCGCCGAGUAUGACAGCCGGUGGGAUUCCAAACUUUAGCGAUGCUUACUUGGGAUGCUUGCCUUGUAAACGGCGGAAGAUAAUACAACAAGAUAAAUUGCAGCUUUUAGCAAAUCCAACUUCAAAUCAUUCAACGGUAUCGGCUUCCAUUGAGAGAAUGGUGAGGGAGAGUGUUAGUCGCGUGGGAGUUGCUGAAGUUGAAGGAGCUGCUGUUGCUGUGGCUAAUGACAAUGGUGUGAGAACAGCCUUUGGUAAAGCAAUUCAAGAUUAUGGAUAUGGCAUUCAAAGGACCGAUGAACCUGAUUUUCCGAAUUCAGAACGUUUUCCUAAUGCUACUAAAUUCUUUUGUGAAGACGCACGAAGAUAAUUAUUUAUACAAUAUGGCGUAUUUUUCUUAGGAAAAUAAAAGACCUAUUGCAAUCACAUCAGUUUAA